UGUGACAUGGAUCCGACAAUAGUUUUCAUAUUUAUUCUUGUAUUUUUCGUGUCAGUUCUUGUAACUAGGAAACCGAAAAAUCUUCCGCCAGGGUAUUUUGGAAUUCCAUACAUUGGAUCUCUGUCGUUGAUGCGGAAACUUAUUAGGGGUAAAAGACCGCAUCUUGUGUUGUUUGAGGAGUCUAAACGUAUUGGAAACAUAUUCCGCUGGUAUCUAGGAAAUCAGCUUGUUGUGGUUCUUAGUGGGUAUGAUACUAUACAUGAAGCGCUGGUACAGAAGGCGGAAGUUUUUAGUGAUAGACCAGAGCUCAACAGGAACCCGAUUAUUCCAAGCACUGAUGGAGAACACGCAAAGCAUCGUCUUCGGAAAAUACGGACAAUGUUGGCGAGAAUUACGGCGAUUCCAGCUCUCCGAGAUUUCGGAGUAGGAAAGGCUUCUAUAGAAGAAAAAAUACAAGUAGAAAUCGAGACAGCUACAACGUUCCUACAGGACAAAAAUGGAAAACCGAUAACAAUGAAUGAUUUGAUGCAAAAGGUGGUAGCAAAUAUCAUUUUUGGUAUCAUAUUCGGACGAAGAUUUACUUUUAAUGAACCAGAAUUGGAUAAGACUCGAGCAUUCACAAACGCAUUUGUAUCUGGUGCAGGUCCGAUCAGUCUGUCUUUCUUCUUGCCAAAAGUUUUAGUCAGGAUUAUUUACAGGAAAGAUGCUGAGAACAACGACGUGAGACGACAAAGCAUUGCGGACUUGCGCAAAUAUGUAUACGAACAACUAGAUGAACACGAGGCUACAUUCGACAGACACAACAUCCGGGACUUUGUAGAUAUGUACAUUCAGAUGAAGAAAGAAGGGGACGAAAGCAUACGCAAAUUCAUUACAAAAGGAAAUGUCUUUCGUGCAAUCUUAGAUCUAUUUUUGGCUGGAUCUGAAACGACAUCGACAACCCUAGAUUGGGCGUUUCUUUUUAUGACGGAAUAUACAGAAGUUCAGAAAAAAUGUCAAGAAGAAAUUGAGACUGUACUUGGAAACAAACUAAUUGAAUAUUCAGACCGGAAAAGACUGGUUUACGUUAACGCUGUAAUCAUGGAAAUUCAGAGAUGUUCAAAUUUAUUGUCACUGAUUAUUUGUUGUAAAUUUUCUUGUUCACUGAAAAAAAAGAAGAUUUUUGUCACAUAUGUUUCAUGCAUUCCAGCGCCCCUCAAUGUUGUCCACUACACUAGUGGGAACACAACCCUCGGAGGCUACAAUAUACCAGCUAGAACACUGAUAGUACCAACCCUCUAUUCAGUCUACAUGGAUACCAAAUAUUUCCCUAAUCCAGAAAAGUUCGAUCCAGACAGAUUCAUAGAUUACAAGGGCAGCCUGAUUAAGAACGAAGCUCUUAUGCCAUUUUCAACAGGUCCACGUACAUGCCUUGGCGAACCUCUAGCCAGAAUGGAACUGUUUUUAGUGUUUGCAAAUCUGCUUCAACGAUUCAGCUUUUCAAGGGAGGAUCCGAGCAAGCCACAUACAAUGGAAUCUAAACAAUCACAGAUCACUAAUGCCCCGGUACCAUACACACUUCGUGCCACCAAGAAACAGUGAUAUGUUUCAUGUACUGUGAAAUCAUUAAUAUUCGUGGGGGACUAAUUUUCGUGGCGUUCGUGGUUUAGUAAAUCCACGAAAUUUAAUCCCAACGAACAAAUGAAAUUCCCAUUCAAUUUAUGUUCAAAAGUUGAAAUCCACGAAUUCAUAUCCCCACGAAAUUGCCGUUUUGACCAAAACCACAAAAUUUCAUGCCCACAAAGUUAAAUGAUUUUACAGUACUUGUCGGCUAUUAAAACCAAAAUGAGCAAUAUCGAAAUCAGGUUGAUAAGUUCAUGAAAAUCUAACUGAUUCUUGAUUUCUACUCCUAGGCGUACUUCCUGAUGGCGAAUUAUACAGACACACCAUUUUGGACACACAAAAAACGGCGGCCGACGCCAGCAGUCUUUGGUUUCAUCAAGUUGAACAGAUUUGUGAAUUCUGAAGAUAAAAGUGUUGUAAAAUGCCAUGUUCCUUGAUAGUUGUGAUAACGUUGAUAAAAAUACCAGGAAAAGGAGUUUUACAGAAAUUUUUAGGAUUAAGUCUAAAUCCUAGACUACAUGAAAUAUGAAUGUAUCAUUUUUUUAUUUUUGUUAUUAAAAAUUGUAAAUAUAGCCAGACUAUAUCUAAUGACCAAUAUUAUUUAAUAUUGCAAUUGCUGCUAAAAUAGACUGACAUUUGUUACUAAUUCUUUAGCAGCCUAAAGGUUAGUAUUGACUUAAUCUUGAAAUUUCGUAUUGUGUGUAUAAAAGAUAUUGAGAAAAGUUUGA